AGCAGCAUCACCACCACCACGAAACCUCCCGUGACCGCAACACCAUCAUCGCUCAUCUCCCGGGGCUCGCAAGACCUGAUCCACCCAGAUAGCCCAUCAUGAACGCCCGUUUCCUCCGUCCCUUUGCCAGGGCUGCCUUCCGCGCCCCCACGGCUGUCCGCCCCGCCGCCAUGGCACGCCCUGCUCUCGUCGCCAGCCAGACCAAGAAGACCGAGGUCAGCCCACAGCAGAUGACGGUCCUCAAGUCUGCCAUGCCCCAGCUCAUCCCCUUCUUCUUCGUCAACGAGACCACCGUGGCCUUUAUCCUCCUGCCAUCGCUCAUCUACGUCUUCUCCAAGUACAUCCUGCCCCAGCGCGUGCGCUUGUUCGCUGCCCGCCUCUUCAUCAGCAAGUUGUAAGCGAGAAAUGUCGAAUUGAAGCAAAGGAUAUAUAUUCAGAGCGAGAGAAAGCCAAGGAUGUCCGUGUACCUGUAGUGGGAAUAUGCUCGUAGACAAAUCAAUGGCAUUGCACGAAGAGUGACAGCGUUUUUAUCUGGCAUAUUCACUGACCAAUUAUGCUGUUUUUGAUAAAGUAGAAUGACGGAAAUCAGUGCUGCUCACCGCAUGCGAAUCAAGAGCGUGAUAGAAUUGCUGCUUAAAUAUAUAACAGCCCAAGGACGAGAUGAGGAAACAGGAUGACCUG